AGGAAGGUGGGAGGGGCGUUGCUGAGGGUAGCUGGGGGCGAGAGUGAGGCUACGGAGCAGGCGAGAGGCGACGGCGAGAGCUAGAGCGGGCGCAGCGUUAGGGUGGCCGUGCAAGGGGAGUCGUGGCCCGGGCCCGGGCCCGGGGCGUGCGAGACGGCUGAAGCAGCCCAGGGCCUUGCUGCCGCCAUGACUGAGGAAUCAGAGGAGACAGUCCUGUACAUUGAGCACCGCUAUGUCUGCUCUGAGUGCAACCAGCUCUAUGGAUCCCUGGAAGAGGUGCUCAUGCACCAAAACUCCCACGUGCCCCAGCAGCACUUUGAGCUGGUGGGCGUGGCUGACCCUGGAGUCACUGUUGCCACAGACACAGCUUCAGGCACGGGCCUCUAUCAGACCCUUGUGCAGGAGAGCCAGUACCAGUGCCUGGAGUGCGGUCAACUGCUAAUGUCACCCAGCCAGCUCCUGGAGCACCAGGAGCUGCACCUGAAGAUGAUGACACCCCAGGAGGCAGUGCCAGCUGAGCCACCACCCAAGGCACCACCCCUGAGCUCCAGCACCAUCCACUACGAGUGUGUGGAUUGCAAGGCUCUCUUUGCCAGCCAGGAGCUCUGGCUGAACCACCGGCAGACACACCUCCGGGCUACACCCACCAAGGCUCCUGCCCCUGUUGUCCUGGGGUCCCCAGUUGUUCUAGGGCCUCCUGUGGGCCAGGCCCGAGUGGCUGUGGAGCACUCAUAUCGAAAGGCAGAAGAGGGUGGGGAAGGGGCUACUGUCCCAUCUGCCGCUGCCACCACCACUGAGGUGGUGACCGAGGUGGAGCUGCUCCUCUACAAGUGCUCUGAGUGCUCCCAGCUCUUCCAGCUGCCAGCGGAUUUCCUGGAGCACCAGGCCACUCACUUCCCUGCUCCUGUCCCCGAGUCUCAGGAGCCUGCCCUGCAGCAGGAGGUGCAGGCUUCGUCACCUGCAGAGGUGCCUGUGUCUCAGCCUGACGCCGCGCCAGCUUCUGACCACAGUUAUGAGCUGCGCAAUGGUGAAGCCAUUGGGCGGGAUCGCCGGGGGCGCAGGGCCCGGAGGAACAACAGUGGAGAAGCAGGCGGGGCAGCCACACAGGAGCUCUUCUGCUCAGCCUGUGACCAGCUCUUUCUCUCACCCCACCAGCUACAGCAGCACCUGCGGAGUCACCGGGAGGGCGUCUUUAAGUGCCCCCUGUGCAGUCGUGUCUUCCCCAGCCCUUCCAGUCUGGACCAGCACCUUGGAGACCACAGCAGCGAGUCACACUUCCUGUGUGUAGACUGUGGCCUGGCCUUUGGCACAGAGGCCCUCCUCCUGGCCCACCGGCGAGCCCACACCCCGAAUCCUCUGCAUUCAUGUCCAUGUGGAAAGACCUUUGUCAACCUUACGAAGUUCCUUUAUCACCGGCGUACUCAUGGGGUAGGGGGUGUCCCUCUGCCUACAACACCAGUCCCACCAGAGGAACCUGUCAUUGGUUUCCCUGAGCCAGCCCCGGCAGAGACUGGAGAGCCAGAGGCCCCAGAGCCCCCUGUGUCUGAGGAGACUUCAGCAGGGCCCGCUGCCCCAGGCACCUACCGCUGCCUCCUGUGCAGCCGUGAAUUUGGAAAGGCCUUGCAGCUGACCCGGCACCAACGUUUUGUGCACCGGCUGGAGCGGCGCCAUAAAUGCAGCAUUUGUGGCAAGAUGUUCAAGAAGAAGUCUCAUGUGCGUAACCACCUGCGCACGCACACAGGGGAGCGGCCCUUCCCCUGCCCUGACUGCUCCAAGCCCUUCAACUCGCCUGCCAACCUGGCCCGCCACCGGCUCACACACACAGGAGAGCGGCCCUAUCGGUGUGGGGACUGUGGCAAGGCUUUCACACAGAGCUCCACACUGAGGCAGCACCGCUUGGUGCAUGCCCAGCACUUCCCCUACCGCUGCCAGGAAUGUGGGGUGCGUUUUCACCGCCCUUACCGCCUGCUCAUGCACCGCUACCAUCACACAGGUGAAUACCCCUACAAGUGUCGUGAGUGCCCCCGCUCCUUCUUGCUGCGCCGGCUGCUGGAGGUGCACCAGCUCGUGGUCCAUGCCGGACGCCAGCCCCACCGCUGCCCAUCCUGUGGGGCUGCCUUCCCCUCCUCACUGCGGCUCCGGGAGCACCGCUGUGCAGCCGCUGCUGCCCAGGCCCCACGGCGCUUUGAGUGUGGCACUUGUGGCAAGAAAGUGGGCUCAGCUGCUCGGCUGCAGGCACACGAGGCGGCCCAUGCGGCUGCUGGGCCUGGAGAGGUCCUGGCUAAGGAGCCCCCUGCCCCUCGAGCCCCACGGGCCACUCGUGCACCAGUUGCCUCUCCAGCAGCCCUUGGAGGCACUGCUACAGCAUCCCCUGCAGCCCCUGCCCGCCGCCGGGGUCUAGAGUGCAGCGAGUGCAAGAAGCUGUUCAGCACAGAGACGUCACUGCAGGUGCACCGGCGCAUCCACACAGGUGAGCGGCCAUACCCAUGUCCAGACUGUGGCAAGGCGUUCCGUCAGAGUACCCACCUGAAAGACCACCGGCGCCUGCACACAGGUGAGCGGCCCUUUGCCUGUGAAGUGUGCGGCAAGGCCUUUGCCAUCUCCAUGCGCCUGGCAGAACAUCGCCGCAUCCACACAGGCGAACGACCCUACUCCUGCCCUGACUGUGGCAAGAGCUACCGCUCCUUCUCCAACCUCUGGAAGCACCGCAAGACCCAUCAGCAGCAGCAUCAGGCAGCUGUGCGGCAGCAGCUGGCAGAGGCGGAGGCUGCCGUUGGCCUGGCCGUGAUGGAGACUGCUGUGGAGGCACUGCCCCUGGUGGAAGCCAUUGAGAUCUACCCUCUGGCUGAGGCCGAGGGGGUCCAGAUCAGUGGCUGACUCUGCCCAGCUUCCUCUUCAGCACCUCCAUGCCCUGUUGCUGAAGGCCCUCCAGCAUCCCCUUAAGCAUCUGUACAUACUGUGUCCCUUCCUCUUCCCAUCCCCACCAACUUGUAAGUUCUAAAUUGGAUUUAUUCUCUCCUGAGGUGGGUGCUCUGGGGUCCUUGACACACAAAAAGGUGCCCCCCCCACCUUCCACCUCUUAGCACUGGUGACCCCAAAAAUGAAACAAUCAAUAAAGACUGAGUUGCCAGCA